CCCCCCUCCGCUGCUCUUUCUCUUUCCCCAAGCAGUGAGCCUCGGACAGUGCUCGGCUCCAGCGCUUUAUUUUAAGAUGAUCGGCCAAGGUCUUUGCAGAUAGAUUUUAUCUGAAGUUAAAUAGCAGGCGCUCGCCGCUCACUAGCCAAUAAGUCAUUUUUAAUAGAGACAAAUCGCUCUGGACGCCCCGGAGCGCCGGUGCCGCCGCUCCUGCCCGCGCCCCCCGCCGAAGGCGAGCGGGCAGCCCGGGCAUCUCCCUCCUCCCGUAAGUGUCCUGCUCGGCGGAUCCAGAGCGCGGCCGUGUGCGGAGAAGGGGAGGCAAGGGGGGGAGAGCCUGCCAGCCGCCCCGCCGCCCUGACAGUGCCUGCGCUGGAUGCACAGCGGCCGCGGGACACCUCGGCGCGGAGAGCGGCCAGGAGAUGCGCAGGGGUGGCGGGCUGCGCCGCGGCACUCAGCCCCUCUAGGCUGGCCCAUGGAGCGUCCCGCGGAGCCCCGUCCGCCGUCGGAUCCCCCACGCCGCUGGUGAGAGCUCUGCUUGUUCUGUAAAGUGGAUGUCAGGUGGAUCUAUGUUCUGGAAGGAACAAAGAGGCAGCGAAAGCAGCGCGGGGGAAGUUUGAGCGGCGAGGAUGCAGGCUGUGUACUGGUACGCGGUCCUUCUGCUGCAGCCCACUCUCUACCUGGUUACCUGUGCAAAUUUAACAAACGGAGGAAAAACAGAACUUCUAAAAUCAGGAAGCUCUAAAUCCACACUAAAGCACAUAUGGACAGAAAGUAGCAAAGACUUGUCCAUCAGCCGACUGCUGUCACAGACUUUUCGUGGAAAGGAAAACGAUACAGAUUUGGACCUGCGAUACGAUGCCCCAGAAACUUAUUCUGAGCAAGAUCUCUGGGACUGGCUGAGGAACUCCACAGAUCUGCAAGAGCCUCGGCCCAGAGCAAAGAGACGGCCCAUCGUCAAGACUGGGAAAUUUAAGAAAAUGUUUGGCUGGGGAGAUUUUCAUUCCAACAUCAAGACUGUGAAGCUAAAUCUGUUAAUAACAGGGAAAAUCGUUGACCAUGGCAAUGGGACGUUUAGUGUUUACUUCAGGCAUAACUCCACUGGUCAAGGGAAUGUAUCUGUGAGCCUAGUGCCCCCUACAAAAAUAGUGGAAUUUGACUUGGCACAACAGACGGUGAUUGAUGCCAAAGAUUCCAAGUCCUUUAACUGCCGAAUCGAGUAUGAAAAGGUUGACAAGGCUACCAAGAAUACACUCUGCAACUAUGACCCUUCAAAAACCUGUUAUCAGGAGCAGACCCAGAGCCACGUGUCAUGGCUCUGCUCCAAGCCCUUUAAAGUAAUCUGUAUUUACAUUUCCUUUUAUAGUACAGAUUAUAAACUAGUACAGAAGGUGUGUCCUGAUUACAACUACCACAGUGACACACCCUACUUCCCUUCAGGGUGAGGACCAACUUGUGUCUGAGACUGAAGCCUGGGGAAUAAAAGAGGUCGAAUGACAGGGCUGUAACCUCAAGGAGGAAGGCCACAUCUAUUGCCUGGAAUGUGUCUACCUGCUGCUGCUGAUGUCAAAUGGCUGCAAAUAUGUUAGUGGAAAACAAUCUAAUGUAAUUUUUGCCCAGUCAGCUCCAUGUAUCAAUCUAGGUGUAAAUCACUAUGGAUUUGAGAUAAAACCAUACAUACAUACACAGACACACACACACACUUUUCAGUGCACAUUAUUGAGAUUCCUGUUAAGAAAUCUUUCGUUGUCUUUUAUCUAAGGAUUCAGCAUAACCUAUCAUCAAGCAAAAUGGAUUAACUAGACAGUACAAGGUUUCUAACACAGACUGUUAUGGAAAUCUCCUUGAAUGUCCUUUGAGCACAUGCCAAUCAAUAAUCCUUAUUCAUGCAUUCUACUGCUUGAAGUAGCUGUACUGGUAAAUAAUACUGUAGGAAUAAUACUUGUUAAAAUGGGAAAAAAGUGUGUUUAGAGUUCAGUAUUCCGUAUUAUAUGAAUACAGCAAAGUGUCAUGACUUUCCCAGCACACAGUAGGCACAUUCAAGGUGGUGUUGGUGGCUCUUUUUCCAUGGAGCAAGCCUGUUUCUAGUAAAGAUGGGCAAACAUUUGGAAUUUACAUGUGAGCAGACAUUCUGGUUUAAUGUUUCUCUGACUCUUUAAACUCUGAUUCUUUAAACUUGUUUAAGUUUAGGCCAGGUAAACUACUUAUAAACUGGAAUUGCUCUCUAAGAAGGAAAAUGCCUGGCAGAGAACAUGUAAGUUAUAAGUGGCUGUCUUAUCUUUAUUACAAAAUAUUGUAACAAAUUCAAUAUCCUAGUCUUCAUUUGUAUGAAUGGUUUGUAUUGUACAUAAUUUAACCAGUGUUAUUUGAGCUGCUUAUUAAUAUUAACUUGUAAUUGUCUCUCUGCUUGUUAUUGGUUAAAACAAUCAAGGAAAUGAGGAAUCCAUUUUAUCAAUGUAGCUGUAAACUCCAUUAAAAGACAGAACUAUGUACAAAGCAUUUACUCAGCUAAAGUAUUGUUGAAAGCUAUACAUAUACAACAUUACAGUCUGUCUGUAUUUAGAUAUUUUAU